AUGACGAAGAAACCUGUGAACCAUGGUCGGGCCAAGCACAUCGACAUCAAGUACCAUCACAUUCGUGAUGUAGUCAAGCGUAGUGAUGUCACGUUGGAGUACUGUGAGACUACGACUAUGUUGGCGGACAUCAUGACGAAGGGACCGCCAGGACCGCGUCACAAGGACUUGACGGCAGCGCUUGGCAUACACGCGUGUUCUCAUUGA